AUGCCCAUUCUGAAGAAGCUCCCUGGGAGGUCCAAGAGCUGCCACGAAUUUCCCAGAGUGAACGGAGAGCUGAUCCUGCCCACGCUGGACUUGGACUGGAGAGACCUGAACGAUCUCAACGACCUGAAAGACCUCAACAAGAACUUGAACCCUUUUGAAGACGUCGAUUUGGACGAAGACGACAAAAUCGCAGACAUGGGCCUCAUCAUGGGGGAGCAGCAGUUCAAAAGCAGGCAUGAGGGCGAGGAGGGGGAGAACCAGGUGAACUCUGGGUAUGGAGCAGGGACCCCCAAGACCAGGCCUCUGAGGGGGACGCUGGAGAGGAUCUGUGGGGUGUCUCCGCUCAAGACACUGGGGAAAUUAGGGAAGGGGCUGCGGAUAUCAGGGCGCAACGUGUGGAGCAGCAAUACGGCCCAAUAUAGCCCAGGAGAUUCCAACAGUCUGCCCAUGGAGAGGGAGAAGAAGAAGGGGGUGCGCAGAAGCUCGGAGGGGAAGAUCAUGACACUGCUACGGUUUACAGGCCGGCGCAGAGAGGAGCGCAGAGAAAGCCUGCCCUGUGGGGACCUGAGCAUUAACACCGAGGCGGAGGCGUGCAGGCGGCCAUCCUUCCUCAGGAUAGUCAGUCUGGGCAAGUUGAAGAGAGAAUCCAUGUCAGACAAGGGCUCUCAGGAGGGCUCUGAGGAAACGGUGGAGGAGGAGCCAAUGGUUAAAACUAGAGAUCCCCUGUCAGUCCUGGAGAUUUUACAGUUGGUCAACCACCGAGACUUGCUCCUGGCUGACACGCACAUGCAAGAGCUUGAACGGGAGUGUGAGCUCUUAUCUCAGCUGCCUGCAUCCAGCAGUCCAACUCUUACACCCACUACAUGCCCCAGCACUCCGCCUGGCCUCUUUCCAUUAUCAGCCCAAUCUCUGGAGGAAUCCCUCAGCUCCAAUGCCACACUGGACUCCAGCCUGCGUAAAGCUAAAGAUGUGGAGCUGCUUUAUGAAGCUCUCCAGAAGGAGAUGUGGGACGUAGUCCGAGAAUCCCUCCGACAGCCCAGUGCUGGCCCCAACCUUGGCCUUGUGGUACUGGUGAUACAACAAGAAGAGCAUGCUGAUGCCGCCUGGGCCUUCAGAGAAGACACCAAACCAGAGAGAGAGUGUUUCCAGUCACAGCCGAGCCAUCGGCCGAGGCGCUUCAAGAUGAAGUGGAGACAGGCAGUGGCAGAGGCGGCCGACUGGAGCCUGCCCGUCCAGGUGGACACCCAGGCCGGGAAUCUGGCCAACUACCUGGACCGCCUUCGCAGCCGAAUGGUGGAUGACUUGGACGCAGCCAGGAGGAACGCUGUUGGUAUUUAUCCAGAGGAAUUUUCAGCCUUCCAAGUGUAUGUGGAGAGUUACCACAAAGCAGUUGCCAAACGCUUGCGCACCAUCACCAGUGGACCCCUGCAGAUCACAGAUGUUUACUCGCUGCUAGAUUGGUUCUACAACAUCUACAACAGAGAUGUUUUAGGAUGCAUUGGUUCAAAAACACCCAUCAACUAUUCUUCACUAGAAGCCAUUCUUGCUCAAGAUAAAGUGGAUCGGCUAGAACAAGACUGCCUCAACAUAGUCAAGGAAAAUGUGACCACUGAACUGAUCCACAUUUUGGAUGAAGAAGAGAGAAGAUGGGCCCAGACUCUGCACAUAGAGGAGUAUCAGUGCCAGCUGGCUCGAACUGUCAUACAGAGGAAGGUUGAGAUGUUUCACGAUGCACAGGCUGAGUUUGGCGACAGAGGAGAUGGAUAUGUCUCCAGGACUAUUGCUCUGGUGAACUGCUGCCCUCCUCUAAGGUCCUUUGUUGAGCGCUGCAGGCAGUGUGACGCUCAGGCCAGCGAGGACACGGCUCAGAGAGCUAACUCCUCGAUGGACAGGAUCAUCAACCAAUCAGUGAGGGUCCUCACCGACAGGCUGUUUGAGAGCAUCAGGCCUUUCUUUGAAAAGCUCAUAAAGAGAAAGUGGUUAAACAACACAGAAGCAUUUGAAGGCAUUGUGGCCUGCAUUAAACAGCACUUCAAAAAGUUCAAAAGGAUGGACCCACCACCAUAUCAGACGCUGGUUGGUGAGGUGCACCGGCGUGUGAUGGUGGAGUAUGUUCGAGCUAUUAUGAGAGGACGAGUCAUCUGCACAUCGUCCAAGAUGAGAAAGAGGAUGGCUUUCCGUGUGCAAGAUGAGGCCAAACAGUUGAGAGGACUCUUUAGGGACUUGGAGUCCACUGCUUCCUGGUUGGACGGCCUGCUCUGUCACCUGGCUGACGUCAUUCUCCUGGAUGACACACCAUCCAUUCAAGUGGAGGUAGCGGUGCUGGUGAAAGAGUUUCCAGAUAUAAGGAAGAAGCAUGUGUCAACACUGUUAAAUGUUCGAGGUAUGAUGCGGCAGGCAGAGCGCCAGGAGAUUCUCAACAUUGUGAAAGACUUUGAGUGCAGCAGCAGCCUCCUGUCCCGGGACCAUGCCCUAUUCUCUGACAUCCCCAUCACUUCGGAAGUGCACUGCAUCAGCCUGGGCCUGCUGCGUCUGGCCAUGACAGUCACCAACUGGUUCUCUGAGCAGCGGAUGAGGCGAAGUGCCCGUAGCACCAAUGUUCGUAGCACCAGUGUUCGUAGCACCAGUGUCCGCAGCACCAGUGUCCGAAGCACUACCCAGGUCCACGAGGCCCACAACAUGGAGGAAAUAAACAGAGGCCAUAGAGACGACUGA